AUGAAAGGCUUAUUACUGUUACUCUGCUUAACAGUUUCAUUAGCAUAUGAAGAUGAUGUUUUUGUCGAUAGUGUCGAUUUUGAUGAUGUGUUCGAUGAAGACUUCGAAUAUGACGAAGACUAUGAUGAAGACUUAGAAGAUAUUGAUGAACUAGAAGAUGAUUAUGGAGAUGAUGAAGAGGCAAGAAGGGUAAGAGCUUCAUCAAGAAAGUCUUCACGUAGCUCAUCAAGAAGGUCUUCACGUAGUUCAUCUCGUAGUUCAUCAAGAAGUUCUUCUAGACGUACUAGAGUUGGUGUUUCUAGAACAAUUAAAAAGGAUAGUAGACGUACUAAAGCACAAAAAAGAUUUAAUAAAGAAACAAGAAAAGCUUACAAAGAGAAAAGAAAGGUAUUAAAACAACAAAGAAAAGCUCAAAAAGAAAAGAGAAAAUUAGAAAAAGAGAAUAGAAAAGCAAUAAAAGAACAAAAGAAAGCUAGUCGCCUUGCUAAAAAAGAAGAACGUAAAAUAAGGAAAGAAGAGAGAAAAAUUAAAAAAGAAAAUAGAAAAGCAAUAAAAGAAGCUAAAAAAUCACGAAAAGUAGCUAAAAAAGAAGAAAGAAAAACAGAAAAAGAAAAGAGAAAGUUAGAAAAAGAAAAGCGAAAGAAUAGUAUUGAUAAAACUAAAUUAAAAGCUCAAAAGAAAAAGGCUGAAAGAAAACUUAUUUCUGAACUUAAAAAGUUAUCUAAAGUUACCAAAAACGCCCCAAAGAAAGUUCUUAAAGAGUUAGCUAAAAUUAAAGAUAAAAAAUUCAUUAAGAAAAAUAAAAAGCUUAUCCGAAGUAUUAUCUUUAAAUCUGGUGCUAAGAUGGCAAUUAAGAUGGCAGCCCUUGCUAAGAAAGGAAAGGAUAUAUCAAAAGUUUGGAAAAAGAAAUGGGCAUCAUUUAUGGAUAAGAAAUUGCUAAAAUACCUUUCUAAAAUUAAACUUCCUAAAAAGAGAAGAGAAUUUUAUAAACUUAUGAAAAGAAGAUAUUGGAAAGAAUGUUGCAAUUGUUCAUGUUGUAAACACACAAACCCUCCUCAUACUCACUAUUACAGUCAUUGUAAGAAAUGUCAACAUGGACACAUAAAGCCUGGGUUAACCACUAGUCCUUCUUCUGGUUCUUCAUCAACUUCAUUCAUUGAAACUUCUUUAAGCACAAGCAUUACUGGAGUAGGAGGUAGUGGAAGUGCUGGUACUAGUGGCUCUGUUGGUACUAGUAGUUCUAGUGUUAAUGUCAAUCCUGUCUUCAAUAAUAAUAUUGGUGGCUAUAAUGUUCCAUAUACACAAGUUACUCCUACUAUCCCAGUCACUCCUGUUGUUAAUCCAACGACCCCAUCUAGUCCAGUUAUACAAAUUACACCAGUAACUCCAGUCACACCUUCUGAACCAGUCACUCCUACUGUUAAUCCAGUCACACCUUCUGAACCUGUUACUCCUACUGUUAACCCAGUCACACCAGUUACUCCUUCUUAUUAUCCACAACAACAGCAACAACAACAACAAACUUUUUCACCACAAAUUAUUCAAACCGCUCCAGCCACACAAGCACCAAUUAUCAUCCAAGGUUCUUCUGGUAGUGCUGCAGCAAGUUCUGCUUCUAGUGCAGCAUCAAGUGUAAGUAGCAUACCAUCAAUCACUAUGCCAUCCAUUAAUAUUAACAACGUUAACAAUAACAGAAAUGGUGGAUCAGAUUUAGGAGCAGACUCAGAUUCAGAUUCAUCAAAACCAUCUUCUUCUACAGUAGUAGAUCAAUCUGGACAACCUGUUGUUACACCAACAGAAGACUAUGCUUCUCCAAAAACUGGAGUUUCAGAGACAGCUAUUGCUGAAGCUAAUGUAGUUGCAAAAGCAGCUGCUGAAGGACAAUCUAUUGAAGAUAUUACUGAAGCUCAAAACCAAGCCAAUAUUGAGUCCAAUUUUGGAAUUCAUGCACAAGCCACAGCUACUUCUUCUGGAUUUGCUGAAGUACAAACUGAAAAUAAUAAUGAAGAAGAAAAUACAAGUGAAACCAUUACAGAAACCAAUAAUUAA